CAUACAGAACGGAGACUUGCGGGGCUUGAUAUUCUAAGUGCGCUUGCUGGAUUUACAAGUGAUGAUGUUCAGAUCUUUAACCCUGAAGAUAUUGAUGAUAAAGACCUGAAUACUUACCAGGAGAAUAUUUGUGUUCUUAUCACCAAUGACCUUCUUGAAUUCUUGAUGCAAACUGUGGAUCCAGACCUUGACCCAAGACUAGAAAACACUCGACGUAAACCACUUCGCAACCGUUCUGCGAAUGAAGUGUACAAACAGCUAUUCCAUAUGUGGCAGACACUAUGCGAGGUAAUUAAUCCUUUACCGGAAAUUCAAGAAAGAAAUCGAGCCCUACAACAAAUUCGAACUGAACUUCAGAAUGGGGGUAUUUCUGGUGAACACCUUGAAGAGGUUACACCUCUGUUGCGGGCUGUGGAGAAAAGGAAUUACACAGCCAUCAGACUACUUCUAGAGCACGGCGUUGAUCCAACGUCUAAAGGUAGUCAUGGUUGGACACCCCUGUUGCUUGCUGAGAAAAGUGGGGACCCGUCUAUAGUCAAGUUACUGCAGUUGCAUGGAGGAUCUCCUAACAGUAUAACCCGAAUCCUAGUAAAAAACGGAAAAUGCCACCAGAAUGAUAUCUCAGAAGGGAUGUCACGGUAUUAGGUCGUGCGAGGUUGUUAGGCGGCACAUGAUAGUGCCAGUUAUGGAAUCAACUGAUCCGUGCAUUGCUG